GAUAUAAAACCCCCACCAUCCCACAUCAAUUAAUUCCUGUUCCCUUAAGGCAUACAAUUCCAUUUCUAGAAAACGAAUAUUUACUUGUUGCUCUCAUCAAUUGAUCCGGCAUUUCGACUUGGACGCGAUUGUAACGAAUUCUAUCAUCAGACUAUCAAAAUAAACAGAUUCAACGAUUUUCAAGAUGGCAACAGUUGUUCUUGGUGCUCAAUGGGGCGAUGAAGGAAAGGGGAAACUUGUCGAUGUCCUCUGCAGUGAGGAGUUGAGAUUGUGCUGUCGUGCACAGGGCGGAAACAACGCAGGACAUACAAUUGUGGCCAAUGGAGUGACAUACGACUUCCACAUUUUACCUAGUGGUCUCCUCAACCCCGACUGCCAGAAUUUGGUAGGAAGUGGAUGCGUAGUCCACAUUCCUGGCCUCCUUAAAGAACUUGCCGCUAUCGAUGGCAAGAUUCCAGUUCCAGCAGGCAAAAAGCCUCCCAGAGAGAGAUUAUUGAUCAGUGACCGAUGCCAUGUCGUUCUUGAUCUCCAUCAGAAAUUAGAUGGACUCGAAGAGGCCGAACUUGGAGGUGGUAAAAUUGGUACUACCGGCAAAGGUAUCGGUCCUUGUUAUUCAACAAAAAUGGCGAGAAGCGGUGUCAGAGUUGCCGAUAUCUUCCGGGAGAGUUAUUUCGAGGAGAAGGUCCGAAGCAUGGCAGCUGGCGCCAAGAAGAGAUUUGGGGACUUGUUGCAGUAUGAUGUCGAGGAGGAGCUUGCUAGAUUCAAGACCUACAGGGCUGAAUUAGCAGAUAUGGUUGUUGACCAACUCCCCCUACUCGUCGACGCGCAGAAAUCCGACGCACCUAUGCUAAUCGAGGGCGCAAAUGCUAUUAUGUUGGACAUUGAUGCCGGUACAUAUCCAUUCGUGACGAGCUCAAACACAGGCCUCGGUGGUAUUUUCACCGGUCUCAGCGGUUUGAACCCAAGAAAGGUCAAGAACAUCUACGGAGUGGUCAAAGCCUAUACUACACGUGUGGGAGGUGGCCCAUUCCCAACAGAAGAUCUAGGAGAAGUUGGUACAACAUUGCAAGAAGUUGGCAGAGAAUUCGGUGUGACGACCGGUCGUCGACGAAGAUGUGGUUGGUUGGAUCUAGUGGUUGUCAAAUACUCGACGGCUAUCAACAGUUACACCGCCAUCAACCUCACAAAGCUCGACAUUCUUGAUUCCUUCAAAGAAAUCAAGGUUGCCGUCGCUUAUCGUGAUCCCGCAACUGGCGAAACAUUAGACUCAUUCCCUGCUGAUCUUGAAAGGCUGGAGACACUUGAACCACAGUAUGUCACAUUACCAGGUUGGAAUCAACCAACCACUGGUUGCCGUAGCUACUAUGAUCUUCCAUCCGCGUGUCGCAAAUACUGCGAAUUCAUUGAGAAAGAAGUUGGCGUUCCAAUCAAGUUCAUUGGAGUUGGCCCAUCGAGAGAUGAUAUGAUCACAAAAUAGAUCACAGGUUUUGUUUUCCACCAUUUACGAGUCCCUUGUAUGUUCCUAAAGAUAAAAAAUUAGAUCUUAGUAGCAAUAGAUAGACACUGCAAUUUAGUCUUGUUUUCAAUUCAUCCAUUCAUUGGCGCCUCCGUACGUCAUAAUCUCGACGGAAAACCUCGCAUUUACUUCCAGCAAAAUGUAAUGGGGAACCUAUUUCUCUCAUUUGUUCCUCAUCUCUUACCACUUUUCAGGGAAUUUGUUGUUCUAGUAAAAUAAGCACGUGGAUGGGGCUUCACCGAAUUUUCGUUCUGUUUGUAGGGAGUUUCACUGCUUUCUUUGGUAAUAACAGUCGGGAUCGAAUCAAACGAGUAAAAAGCUUUGCAUCGCUAAGGCCAUCCUACGCCCCAUCUGCUUUGCAAGUUUAGCGUGAUUAGGAGAUGAAGUCGUUUUGCGGUUAUGGGUUUCUUUGAGAAGAAUUUGAACGUACCCAUAACUUCUAUAGCUUUUUUGGCUUUGAAGGGUACUAAGCAGGCCCUGGUAUUCCGGGCUGUAAUCGAAGGUUACAAAAUAUCACUUAGUGAGUCUGAUGACAGUUUAAUUCUGGACCUCGCCGACGUGUAUGUAUCAUUUGGGGGAGCUCAACCAUAGCGUCUAUGCUCUGAUAUAAUUCGCAUUUUUGGUGGCAUUUCGGAUGGCCUCUCACGGAAAGGCUAGUACAUCAUCUCUAGAUGUAAGCCCCCAGAAUUCUAAAAGAUAGAUAAAGAGAAGUUGCGUAGAAGGCUGUAAUUAAAAGUUCUAAUGCCUGAAUCAGAUGGAUUUUAUAAUUUAUACUAGGUAUAAUGAAUAGUACCAUUGAAU